UGCUUUGGGUAUGUUUUUAUGGAUAACAACAAUCUGUUCACAUGAGCCCCGAAUGAGGACAUAUGAGCUGUGCAAAAUCUCGCACGGUUUUUAGCAAGAAUAGAUGUGCGGUCAAGUUUGGCAAAGUCUGUCGUGUGGGUAGCCUUGCGUUUCGGGGUCAUAACAUUGCUUACAUCACUCAGUCUUGUAAAAGCGCUUACGUAGAAAGUGAGCGUCAUCGUUAUCAAGUCACCUAUUGGGUAUGUGUCAUUGUCUCUUUCACACAAAGCGUAACUUUCAUUUGCGUUUUGAAAUAGUGUGAAGAUAGCUAUUUUUCAAGGAAAGGAAGAGCAGUUUCUUUUUCGAGCGGCUUUAGAUGUAGUCUGUUCCCUCUUCAGCAUGCCGUAUAUGAUUGGCUCAAUGUUACCACGUGACAUGCAUCUUCGUAUGCGGAAAUCGGAACAGCAUCAGAGCGAAUGGCUCAAAAUGGCGAGCUUUGCUAUUGGGGCUCGACAUUCAGGGUUCUUUUCUCGCCUCCAAGAUCGCCUACAAGAUGCAUUUUCUCAUGCAGUCGCCCCCCGAUUACAAGUUGAUAAAAAGACGAUCGAAAAGACGUGGAAACUUAUGGACAAAGUAGUGAAAUCAUGUCAAAAUCCGCGCAUGAGUUUGAAGAACAGCCCACCAUACAUACUAGACAUAUUGCCUGACACCUACCAACAUUUAAAGCUGAUCGUGUCCAAAUACGAAGAUCGACUGCAUAUACUGAACGACUGUGAAUAUUUCCGAAUUUACAUCGACAAUUUAAUGAAGCAAUCUAAACAUGCUAUCAAACUAUUCAAAGAAGGGAAAGAGAGAAUGUUCGACGAAUCAUCCACUUAUCGCCGUAGCCUCACGAAACUAAGUCUCGUCUUCAGUCAUAUGCUUGCAGAGCUGAAGGCAAUAUUUCCAUACGGAACAUUUUCGGGAGAAAGCUUUAGAAUCACUAAGUCUGAUGCGGCAGAUUUCUGGAAAAAGUCUUUUGGUGCAAGGACAAUUGUGACAUGGAAAAUUUUCAGAUCAACACUUGAUUCUGUUCAUCCUAUAUCCUCUGGGUUAGAGGCUAUAGCCCUCAAAUCGACCAUCGACCUGACGUGCAACGAUCACAUAUCGGUGUUUGAGUAUGAUGUGUUCACACGGCUAUUCCAGCCCUGGUCACACCUGCUGCAAAACUGGAAUCUUCUUGCUGUCACUCAUCCUGGGUAUUGUGCGUUCAUGACAUAUGAUGAGGUCAAGUCCCGACUGCAGAAACAUGUUGACAAGCCUGGCAGUUACAUAUUUCGUCUGAGCUGCACUAAGCUUGGUCAGUGGGCCAUUGGCUAUGUAACACCUGAACACACCAUUCUCCAGACGAUACCUCAGAACAGGUCACUGUGCCAGGCUCUGAUAGAUGGUGCAAGGGAAGGCUAUUAUCUGUACCCUGAUGGUCAGGAUCUCAACCCAGACCUGAGCCAGCACCUCAUCACCCCCCCUGAUGAGCAUGUCAAAGUCACAGAAGAACAGUACGAACUCUACUGUGAAAUGGGCUCCACUUUCCAGCUUUGCAAGAUCUGUGCUGAGAACAACAAGGAUGUGCGGAUAGAGCCUUGUGGCCAUCUUAUGUGCCACUUAUGUUUGGAGCAGUGGCAAGAAAAGGGUGGGGACGGCUGUCCAUUUUGCCGCUCACCAAUCAAGGACAUUCAGACAGUUGUGGUAGACCCCUUCCAGCCAGGGGGAGUGGACAGGGCUCAGCGGCUAGCCGAGGACAGCGCGGAGGAGCAUAGUGAUCUUUAUGAUGAAGACGUCUUAGAGUAUCCACCCAUGGCAUGGCCCAGCUCUUCCCAUACCCAUAAUGCCUCAUCAGCAGCACCUACUUCUUCUCGCUCAGACAGCGGUGACUACAGUGCGGCGCCACCCCCUUUACCAGAGCGGCGCAUGCUCAACAGCACCAACACCCCCACCUCGCCCACCCUUAUCGUCACCCACGCGUCCCCAUUUGCGUCCCCAGGAAGAUCUCCCUCGAAUUCUCCUCGUCCAUCGCCGAAAAACUCGCCAAGGACGUCACCGCGAUCCUCGCCUUUUGCGUCUCCAACAGGCUCUCCGACAUCGUCCCCAGUGGGGUCCCCAGCGCAGUCGCCUUCAGUAUUCCGUAGAAUCCCUCCCCCACCCCUACCAGAUUCGGAAUCUGACAGUUCUCCUCCUGCUAUUCCUGAACGCAAGUACAAGAAGCAGAUCACAAAGGGAAAGAGCAAGGCAAAGAAUCCGAUACCACCGGAAGUGAGGAACGCAGAACGCAAACUAGAAUCAGCUGCCUCUAGGCCUCCUCCUCCAGCGUCGCUAAAGAAGAUUAAUUACGCCGAGCUUUCUUACCCAGCGCCGGAGGAGCCCCCGAGGGUUGAACGCAGGCGCGAAAGCCCCUCCCCUCCCCUGACAGACGUGCAUGAUGCCGCGUCCGAAGAAGAGGCCGAGCAAUCCUACGACAUCCCUCUCCCCGUGAUGAAAGAGGAAAUGAGUAAGAACUCCCGCGGCAAAAAUGGCGGCGUUAAUGACUUGGUCUUCCAGUCCGUGCAAGACCCGUUCGCGAAUGACCCAUUUCAGGACAGCGAGAGUUGGCCUCCUAUGGGCUUCGAAGACAACGAUGUCGCAGCAGCCAGGACUUCCUCCAUGGACCCAUCUUUAUUACGGAAAGGAGCUUUCACCAAAGCCCACUCCACUGAAGACGUACUGGAGAAACAGGGGGAAUCUUCUAAGAUCUUCUCUUCCCCAAACAUUUCUGACAUUGACCCCAAUAUGAGCCCGAACAAUAAUUCAAAGCCGCCACUGGUGUCCAGGCGCUCGUGGUCUGGACCCGCCCGUAGCUAUAGCAACCCGGCGUAUCAAGGAGUUUUCGACCCGAAUAACCUUGAAGCAAAUAAUGGCGAGAGAGAAGAUGAUAGAAAGGCGACGCCGAAUGACGAGAUGACGUUUUACGAGGAGGAUUUUCAGAUUCUUGAAGCGCUGGGUUAUUCUAGGGACGCUAUAAAACGAGCGCUUAUUGUGGCGGAAAACAACUUUGCAAUGGCGAGAAAAAUUUUACGCGAGUUCGCACCGUCAAAGUAGGAUUCACAAAGAUAAUUGAAUGAAAAAUAAAUGGUAGAAUAAAAAAAAUGUUUUUUUUGGGAGAAAGGAGCUGUGCAUUCAAAUGCACAAGUUUCUGGGUUUCUCUCUGCAUAAUAGAAAAAGCAAAUAUUCUUUUUACGCCCUGUAGGACAGGCAUUUUUUAGAGGUCGUUAUUUAUUACAUGGCCAACAAGACAUUGUGCAUAGUUGCACGAAAACAUGUAGUUUUUUCUUCACGUAUGCGAGAUGACCCGUCUUGAAAACAUUUGUAAAGCAGAAUGGAUUGAAAACAAUCCAAUCCCUUAUCACUUAACAGUAAAAUAAAAUCGCAAAGAUUUAUUCAAAUGCAAUAAAUGUAAGAUUUCAGAAUA